GAACGGAGCAAAACGAUGUCUGGAUCGCUCAAACGACAAUAUUUGGCGUCAUUUUGUGCUAUCAUCAUGAUGCUCGCUAACGGCGCAUGUUGCGGAUGGACUUCACCCAGUUUCCCAAUUUUGCAAUCUGAUGCAACUCCGCUUCACGGGGGUCCUUUAACGAACGAACAAAUGUCAUGGAUCGGAGCUUUGAUGUCUCCCGGAGGUCUUGUAGGCACAAUUCUCUACGGAUGGAUGUGCGACAAAUUCGGAAGACGAAUUUCCGGCUUUACAAUUACCAUUCCUCACAUUGCAAGUUGGAUUUUCAUCAUUAUCGCGCAGUAUCCGUACCAUUUGCUCAUCGCGAGAUUCCUUGCGGGCUUUGCUGGCGGCGGCACAUUCAUCGUUGUCCCAAUUUACAUUUCGGAGAUCACGGAGCCGCGAGUUCGGGGUCUUAUGGGAUCGAUGUGUGUCCUUUCGUGCAAUAUUGGGAUCUUUUUGGCGUACAUUGUGGGCGAUUUUUUACCUCCUUUGGUCACUCCUUGGGUAUUUUUACCGUUGUCGGCGAUUUUUUUGGUUGGAUUUACGUUUUUGCCGGAAACACCGAUUUUUCUCAUGAAAAAUAACCGACUUGAGGAAGCGGAGAAGGCUUUGAGGUUUUAUAGGGGAAUUCCAGCGUCGGGGACUACGGCUUCGUUCAUCAAGGAAAUGACGUCGUUACGAAGGACGAGUGACGAGAAGCUGGAAAAACCCAAAAAAUUGGAGUUUAAGGACUUUGGAACGCCCGUUGCUCGUCGCGCCUUGACUAUCGGAAUAGGUCUCGUAAUUUUGAAUCAAUUUUCCGGAUGUUUCGCCAUGAUCAACUACACGGCAACAAUAUUCGACAAAGCUGGAUCGACCUUUUCGCCAAAUUUUUCGGCGAUAAUUGUUGCUUUCAUCCAAAUUUGUGGCAGUUAUUGCUCGACAUUGCUCGUUGAACGUGCAGGACGUAAAAUUUUGAUGGUUACGUCAGCUUCGGGGAUCAGCAUUGGUCUUUCCAUUAUGGCAGUUUAUUGUUAUUUUGACUCCAUUCCGUCAAUGGAUCUCAAAAAUAUCAAUUUUCUUCCGUUAAUCACCUUUUCCGCCGUGAUUUUUCUCUCAAACUUGGGUGUCUCGAAUUUACCGUUCCCCAUAAUGGCGGAAAUUUUUCCGACAAACAUCAAAACUGCAGCAACUACGAUUUGUAUGGUCCUUUUGAACGUCUGUGCCUUCAUCGCCAUCAAAUGUUUGCCAACUUUCAUCGAUUUAUUUGCAAUGCACGGGACUUUGACGAUUUUUUCGACUUGCAGUUUGCUUGGAACGGCGUUUUUGAUCAUUUAUUUGCCCGAAACUAAGGGAAAAACCUUCGACGAGAUCAGGAUUUUGCUUGAAAAAUAACUGGUGCAUGCAAAAAAUCAACAGUGCUCAUGCAAAAAAUACAAAAAAAAAAAGGGAAAUAAAAUUUUAGCAAGCUUCAAACACACUAAACACUGACCUCUUGAACU